GUUCAUUAGGUGCGAGAGGGCGCGAGCAGCGGGAACACAUUUUGGGUGAACGCGCGAGAAGGUUUCUAAACAGUAAAGUUUGACGGUGAUCUGAAAAGAAUCUCCAUGGCAGAAAACAAUUUCCCUCCUCUACCACGGUUCAUUCCACUGAAGCCAUGUUUUUACCAAGACUUCAACGAAAUCCCAGACCAGCAUCGUACAAUGUGCAAACGACUGUAUUACCUGUGGAUACUGAACAGUGCCACUCUAGCAGUGAACCUGAUUGGCUGUCUAGCAUGGAUGUGCGGAGGAGGCGGAGCAACCAAUUUUGGCAUGGCUAUUCUGUGGCUGAUCCUGUUCACCCCUUGUUCAUACGUGUGCUGGUUUAGGCCCAUCUACAAGGCCUUCAAGUCAGACAGUUCUUUUAACUUCAUGGCGUUCUUUUUCGUCUUCAUGGCGCAAGUGGUGAUUAGCAUCAUCCAGACGGUUGGAAUCCCAGGAUGGGGAGUUUGUGGCUGGUUGGCCACCAUCACUUUUUUCAGCACUAAUAUCGGCUCUGCUGUUGUUAUGCUGAUUCCAACUAUAAUGUUCACUGCCGUGGCCGUGCUCUCCUUCAUCGCCCUCACUAAGGUCCACAAUUUCUACCGUGGCAGUGGGGGCAGCAUGAGCAAGGCUCAGGAGGAGUGGACAUCCGGUGCCUGGAAGAACCCUCACGUCCAGCAGGCGGCGCAGCAGGCGGCCAUGGGGGCGGCACAGGGGGCCAUGCAGGGCCAGCAGUACUCGGCCGCACCGACCUACAACUACGACGAUCCAAUGUAGACCCUCUCCAUUCACAACAGAGGGAGGGAACAAAAACAGGGUUUCUGGGAGGGAAUUUCUAAGGGGGAAAAGCUGCGGACUGGUUUAAAACAGGGGAGGGGAAAGCAAAGAUAUGGCCAAAUUAGAAUUUUCGCAACUACAACAAUACAGAAGCUAAAUGUGUUGAUAGUUUAAGGAGUUGCGUUUUUAGAGCCCCUCAAUAGGAACGUCACUCUCGCCAUGUGGUAUUACAGUUAACUAAUGGUAUGUUGUGUUUCUCCACUUGUCGUAUUGUAAACAUGACUAAACUAGAGCACCAAUAAGGAAACAUUCCAAAGCUCACUAUAGUAUAACUAGAUCUGUCAGAAUUAUCUGUGUGGUGUUUGCAAGCCAGUUAUAUAUUUUGGUUGGCUUACAUAUUCAAGAACGUUUAGCAAACGCAUCUUAAAAAGGACAGUUCACCCUAAAAUAAAAAUUCUGUCAUCGUAAA